AUGGGAGACUUGGGUCUAGCUAGAACUACUUGUGAAACAGAUUUCAUGACUGAGUCUGUGGUUACUCGAUGGUACCGAGCUCUGGAGUUGUUUCAUAAUUGCGCCAGAUAUACUACAGCCAUCGAUAUACGGUCAGCAGGUUGCAUCCUUGGUGAAAUCAUGACAAGACAUGGGCAUGUUGUUGUAUCAGAAAACUCAAUAGAGUUUACAUGCUUUGAUUUUAACGAAGGAGUUCCAUUAAAGAAAUACCUUCUUUGGAACGAUAUCAUUGAGCAAGAUCACAGGGAGCAAUUAGAAAUCAUGAAGUACAUUGUAUAUCUUGAAAACUUACAUUCCUGCGAUCUCUUGAUAUGUACUGGUGAUGAUAAAAUCAGCGCUAUUCAUGUCUAUUAG